AUGUUCUCAGCCCAAGCAUCGUUGACGAUGCGCCUGCGAUGGCUCCGUCUGCUGCCUAUCUCCCUUCUCUUCACCAUAGCAGUAGCGCAGACGCCGAACAACCCUACACGAAUCCUUCGGCGCGACAACCUCCUCUACGUCUUCGAACCCUCCUCCAGCACUUCCAGCCAGUUCCAGCUUGGCACCAUUGACGUCUCUUCUCCCAUCGAUUCUGCGCGACUACCAUACACGACCCUCUACCCGACCCUGCCAUUCCUAGACGACACCACGCCGCGCGCAUUCACCCCGCUGCUAGACGACAGUGGGAACAUCACAGUGUACACGGGAGAUUGCUCACAAGGUGCAAAUGGCGGCCAUGUGUGGACCUUCACACCAAGUUCGGCGAAAGAGAAGGGCAUCGGCAGCUGGAAGCAAGAGGACGUGUCGGUCAAGGAUAGCACACACAACGCGGUCAUGGGUCCCAACUAUCUCGGUGGAGGCAUGACCUUCUCCAGCACUGUUGAUGGGGACGCGGCAUCGACAAGCGCCUACAUCUUCGGUGGAAUGUGCCCAUUCAGCGAUGCCAACAGCACGACCUGGCAGUCUGCAGCCAACUACUCGAACCUCAUGACCACGCUGCAGCCGUCGGGCACUCGCGACAAUACAAUUGCAUACACCCUGGAUCUAUCUACCAGCCGCGGCCCCCCCGUACCCGAAGCUGGGUUCUCGAUUACGGGCCUCGAGCCCACCUUCUCCAAUCGUAGUGAUGGCAGUCAAACGCAGCAGCAGAACUUUCUGCUUAUCGGUGGACAUACAAGUACAGCAUUCAUAAACAUGUCGCAGGUCGCACUCUUCUCUCUUCCGGAACAGGGCUGGACGUUCAUUGGUGUCGAAGAGACAGAUUCCUCGCACACAGAUCUGGCCCGUCGAGCUAACGCAGCAACCAUCGAUCCGCGGUCUGGCCACACGGCAGCCCUUACUCCAGACGGCCAGCGGAUCGUCGUAUUCGGAGGCUGGGUCGGCGAUACCGGCACUCCCGCAGAGCCGCAGCUCGCGAUACUCAACAUCGCUAGCGGCUAUGGUGGAAAAGACGAUUGGCACUGGACGUUGCCCUCUUCUUUGGGCGAAGGUCUGCCGACAGACUCCGGACUGUAUGGCCAUGGCGCUACCAUGCUUCCAGGAGGGGUUAUGAUGAUCAGAGGUGGUUACACGAUACCCAGCCCCUCUUCACGACGAAGGGCCACACCCACAGUCAACAGCAAAUCAUACUUUUUCAACGUUACAUCCAACACUUGGGUCACAGAUUACUCCCCUCCACCCGAAGCUCCAGAUGACGAUCCCAUAAACACAGGCCCUUUGUCUAGCCCAGGGCAAAAGGUCGGACUCGGCGUCGGUCUUGGUAUGGGUCUGGCUGCUGUGUGCGGUCUCUUCGCCUUCUACAUGUGGUAUACAAGACGUCUGCGGAAGCAACGUGAAGUCCGCGAGAAGCAGAUUCAGAAUCUCUCAUUCACUACCCGUCGCUACAACCUCGAUGACUAUUCACCAAAUUUCGAUGGUCGUGGUGGCCAAUCCGAUGCCAUGGACUAUCUUGCUGGCCAGAACGGCAACUACUACUUCCCGCCUGGGACUCAAGGUGGACAAGGCUGGAAGCAGACUGCGAGCCAAGAUGCAGAACGUACCGGUUUGCUUGUCGAAAUUCCCAGUCCAACACGUGGCCUGCGACGCAGUCUUAGUGGUAGACCUGGACUUGUCACGGGCAAGAUGCGAGGCCCAGGUAACAUUCAUCCAAUUGACGAGUUGGAAGAAGAUCCAGACGAGGAACAUACACACGAUUCCACGGCGACUGAGAAACGAGCCGAGAUGAGUGAGCGAGGCCAUAUUCGAAGAAAGUCCAUACUGGAUGGUGCGCCUGUGCUCGAUCCUUUCAUUGAUGCUCGAUCUGAGGAUGAAGACGACAGUGGGCGCCAUAGCCCAGUCGACCCUCGGACUCAGUCCUUUACAAGCGUUCGCAGCAAUGUUCAGGAGGAUAUUGACUCCUUCCGCACUGCACAGUCAUCCUUUGCUCACCUUCAGGCUGAAGGCGAAGCACUGUUAGGUGAUCAUCCCAUCUCGCCAAUCGAGCCCUCUACCACCGACAACAGAAAGUCAUUCCCAGCAGCAGCUUCACCGCCCCGUCGAGCAGCUUCAGAUGCCAGUUUCUGGCGCAGUCGGCGAGGCCAACAAGACUGGCUCGAAGACGAGCUCGACACACGAUGGAAGCGCACCGCCGGCGACGAUUGGGGCACGCCAGAAGACAUUGCCCUCGCCGAGCGCGAUCGCCAACGGAGAGAAUGGAGAGAACGCGGGAACCUACUUGUUACCGACAACGACCCAUUACCCACUCCUCGCACACCAAUCCGCUCUGAUCAACUCGGCGUCCCUCCUUCAGACGAAAGACCCUGCACACCCGCUAGCGAAGCUGAUUGGGACGUUGAAGCCGCUGUCGAGCGGAGGGUCGUGCAGGUCAUGUUCACGGUUCCGAAGAGUAAACUCCGCGUCGUCAACGCUGAUGUCGAUCACUUCACCAAGAACGAGCCCGAGGCCGUCGCCUAG